UUGCUUUACGCACCACGAUGCACGUGCGCGCUGCGCAUCGCGUUCAUAGGGGACACGGGCAUAGGCAACGACAAGCCAGGCUCGGUUUGGACAGACUACCUUGGAAAUGUUCGCCGACCAUCGUACAAAGUCGAUGGCGUGGAGUGUCAAACGUUUGAUGGCAAAUACUGCGGCGCGUAUUCUCGCGCAAAGAACGUUUUCCGACUCGCCGCGGACGCCGGUGCGGACUUGAUCGUGCACGCGGGCGAUCUCGAUUACGCGUCGUCUCCCACGAGCUUCUUUCGCUUCCUCACGGAACAUGUUUGGAGGCGGGGAAUAUCGUACAUCGCGAGUAAAGGAAAUCACGACGUCGAUGGAUGGGACGGUGUCAGUGAUCUUUGGAGUGGACCACGCGGCUACCAAAGUUUAUUACGGCGGCAACUUCCGACGUUGCGAGGUUCGACGUAUUCGGGAUCGUACGGCGAAGAUUUCAUCAUGGAAACCCCUGAUGUUUUGAUCGUACUGUCUUCCGUCGGCGCCGAACGACCUGGGGAGUCGGCCAAUCGCGACCACUACGACUUUUUAGAGCGCGCGUUGAGUUCGUCGAAGAGAAAAUGGAAAAUUUGCGUGUGGCACAUGACGCAAGAGCGCUUGCAAGUCAGCUACAAAGGCGACGCGGUGGGAUUCGGGGCGUACGAAAUAUGUCGCAAAUACGGCGCGUUUAUAGUCACUGGACACGCACACGUGUACAGUCGUUCUUUCACCAUGAAUCGCUUCGGCUCCAAGGUCUACGAUUUCACGCGAGAAGAUCUUCAAGUCUACGACCGCGAGACGCGUCGCGUCUUGCUUCGGCCGUCUCGAGCCUCUUCAAACGACGGUCUGACCGCCGUCGCCGUCGUCGGCAUCGGCGGCUACAAAAAUGAAGCUCAACUCACCGACAGCGGCAUCUGGGCCAAGGUAUACUCCACCUCCUGUCUCGCGUCUUCGCCGACGUGCGUUCGAGCCCCCGACGCGUCAAAGUUCGGCGCCUUGAUUUGCGACUUUGACGACGCCUCCGAUCGCGCGUCUUGCGCCCUUCGCGUCGUUCCAUACCAAGGCGCCGACGACGCCGCGUUUCGCUAUCGCGCGCGCGCGCCCGACGCCGUCGUCGACGCCUUCGAUCUCGCGCGCGUCGCGUGA